AUGGCUGCGGCUCCAACUUCCAGCUUCGUAUCUUCCAUGUCUCCCCAACCACCUCGCACUGUCCAGGCCUUGGUCAAUGAGGAGGUCAGGGCUCCUCCACCGGUGCGAUUAUACCCAUCACAGCACAGGGUCAGCAUGACUCGGUACGCCACCUCCACCGACCCGCGGGGCUACAUUCCUGUGUUCGAGUAUCCUUUAAACGGCCAGUACAUCAUGAUUGACUGUGAGACAGGUAUGGUGCACUUCACCGGGAUAUGGAAAGCCCUCGGUCAUACCAAAGCGGAUGUUGUGAAGUUGGUCGAGUCCGACCCCACCAUUGCGCCUUAUCUACGCAAGGUUAGAGGAGGUUAUCUAAAAAUACAAGGAACAUGGCUUCCCUUUGACACUGCUAAAACCUUGGCGCGGAGAGUCGCUUGGCAAAUUCGCUACGAUCUGGUCCCGCUAUUCGGUCCUGAGUUUCCUGAUACCUGCCUUGGACCUGGAGAGCCUGGAUUCGGCCAACUGCUGUUAUCAGCUCCAAAGCCAAGGGGGCGCCGGGGUGCCAAGAAGAAUGCAGCAGCCUCUUCAGUUGCCCAAGAGAGAACUGCAUCUCCUCAAGAUAAUCGCAGUCCAAGCCGGCCAGGUGCAUACCCCCCGCAGGAGUCUUUAGGAAAUCGGUGCUCUGGUCGACUUGAAACCGCCGGGCCGAUGAACGGCUAUGGUCCAAUGUUAUCUCAACCCAGGUAUUCGCCGUACACUCGAGCACCUGUCCAUCGGAUCAGCCAGCUUGACCCUUUACCCAAUUUGAUCCAGCCAAAUCAAAGCUGCCCUCAUCCAACGACAGAUCCCACGUAUUCUAGUCCGGCUCACUAUUAUCACCAAAGCCCUAGAGCAUCGAUGAUGUCUUCUCAUGGUACUGGACCUUACGGCCAACAACUCCCCACCGGGUCAACAGUAUCGGGAAUGGACAGUGUGGCUUCGCUCCCCCCGAUGCGUCACUAUCAACCGCAUCCGGCUGAGAACAAUUUUUUCGAGACUUAUCGGGGACCUGACUCCUUCGAAGCCUUGAGCAAUAAAUGGCUGGCUCCUGAGCUUGCUAGUCCGGCUCAUCUCAAUCAUAGCGGCCCACUCAAUGGCGAGAGCAGCUGUUUGUCGCCUUCGCAGUACUCCAACAGCAAAAAUCCAAUGGGCUCCCCUGCGAAUCUAUGCAGCUAUCCCAAUCAGAUCGAUUCCGCACAUUCCAAUCACCCCAGAGAUUCCCAUCAAUCUCAUCAAGUCCAUAAUAAUCCAGGAUACCCCCGUGAUUCUAUGCAGGAAUCCAACUUUCGGCAUGAAGUUCCUGCUGAAGAAGCGGCUCGCCACCCUUUAUCCCCACCGCAACAAGCUGCUACGAACGCCAAUUACGAUAAACCUUACAGCCUAGAGCCACCGUCUGGUUCUCACAACGCGAAUGAGGUGGUAGGAUGUCAUGUGCCUCUGGGAUCAAACUCGACGGGAAAACAUGCUGGUUCACCCGGCUCAAACUCUUCCCUAGUUCUGAAAAGUCCCACACCCAGCUCGGCCUCUACUUCGACACACAUGCAAACCUCGAACAAUCACAAGUCAAAUCGCUCCCCAUCAAAUACCCUGACGAACAUGAGUAACAAUGGCGGCUUCAACUCCCAGGGCGAAGAUUCUAUGCAGUUUUCAGUACUCACCUCGCCUGCUCACUUGGAGACCAGUGGAGGACAAACGGAGAACUCGCCCCCGCCAGUUCACGGUUUGGAUGCCAAUUGGAAUCCCACUCAAAAUGGUGCUCUAUCCCCGAACCUGACCACAACCUGA